AGAUGGCGAGAGGGUCGAGGGCAGGUUUGCUGCUCUGGGCUGCGCUCCUGCAGUGGGUUAGGAGCCAGGGGACGGCGGACCGUGUGAAUGGCCUGAGUCUGCACCCUCCCUACAUGAACAUUGCGAAGGCGGCGGAGAUCAGCGCCACGGCUACUUGCGGGCUGGAUGCAUCGCGCCGGCCCCGGCCCGACCUCUACUGCAAGCUGGUGGGAGGACCGGCCGCAGGGCUGUCCGGCCACACCAUCCAGGGGCAGUUCUGCGAUCACUGCUUGUCUGACGAUGCGUAUAAAGCCCACGGGAUCGCCAAUGCCAUUGAUGGGACGGAGCGGUGGUGGCAGAGUCCACCCCUGUCCCGCGGACUCCAGUACAACAAGAUUAACGUCACCCUGAACUUCGGACAGCUCUUCCAUGUGGCUUAUUUACUUAUCAAGUUUGCUAACUCUCCUCGGCCAGACCUCUGGGCCCUUGAGCGCUCAGUUGACUUUGGAAGAUCGUAUAAGCCUUGGCAGUACUUUGCUCAUUCCAAACGAGACUGCGAAGAGCUGUUUGGGACGAGAGCACAUGAACGGAUUACGAGGGAUGACGAUGUUAUCUGUACUACGGAGUAUUCGCGGAUUGUGCCUCUGGAGAACGGGGAGAUUGUCGUGUCCUUGGUUAAUGGUCGGCCAGGGUCCACCAUCUUCAACGACUCUCCCGUUUUAAGAGAUUUCACAAAGGCCACGAACAUCAGGCUGCGGUUCCUACGGACAAACACCUUACUGGGUCAUCUCAUCUCCAAGACUCAGAGGGAUCCUACCGUCACUCGAAGGUAUUACUACAGCAUCAAGGACAUCAGUAUCGGUGGUCGGUGCGUUUGUAACGGGCACUCGGACAUCUGCAAUGCCCAGGAUCCAGCAAGCCCCUUCCUGUUGCAGUGUGCGUGUCAGCACAACACAUGCGGGAUAUCCUGCAGCCGCUGCUGUCCCGGAUUCAACCAGGAACCAUGGCAACCAGCGACGACCUCGUUGGUAAAUCGAUGUGAACCUUGUAACUGCCACGGACACUCCAUGGAUUGUUACUACGAUGCCGCAAUCACCCAGAGGAGAGGGAGUAUGAACAUCCAUGGGCAGUAUAAAGGAGGUGGUGUUUGUCUGAACUGCCAGCACAACACGGCGGGGACCAACUGUGAGCGGUGCGCUCCGUUCCACCACCGACGGCCUGGGGUUCCCAAGAACGCACCUGAUGGCUGUGUCGCCUGCAGGUGCCCUCCUGCGUUUGCCGAGAGCUGUGAGGAGGCGACGGGAGGCUGCCGAUGCCGACCCGGCUUCAGUGGGGUAGACUGUGCUCGAUGCGCGCCGGGAUACUACAACUUCCCCCGGUGCACCCGUGGUCCAGUUUACACCACACCCCAUCCAGUGACUGUUGUCCCAACGCGUGGGCAUCUCCAGAAUUGUAAGUGCAACGCGCAGGGCACGGUUGGGAACACCUGCCUGGUGAAUCCUUACUCACAACGCUGUGACUGCAAGCCUCACUACACCGGACCCUACUGCUCCCGCUGCACCACUGGAUACUUCGGGAAACACUGCCAACGUUGCCAGUGUUACAUCGCAGGAGUGUCUCUGCCAGUGUGUGACCAAGACAGCGGCCGGUGCUUGUGUCGACGAGGGGUGGAAGGCCACUUCUGCGAAAGGUGCUCGCCGGGAUUCUCUCGCUUCCCCGCCUGCGUGCCCUGCCCCUGUAGCAGCGCGGGGACCCUGCCGGAGCGGUGUGACAAUGCCGGGAGGUGCCUGUGUCGGCCGGAGGUUGGAGGCAGCCGGUGCGAUCGCUGUCGAGCGGGAUAUCACUCGUUCCCGCACUGCCGAGCCUGCUCCUGUGACAAUGUGGGAUCAGUGAACAACAAUUGUGAUGCCUCGGGGCGGUGCGAGUGCCGGCUGAACUUCAUGGGACAUUCUUGCAGCCAGUGUGCGUACGGGUAUCACCAUCAUCCCAACUGUUCAUCCUGCAGGUGUUCCACGGAAGGUUCCUAUGAUUCUGCGUGUGACCGGGCCACGGGCCGGUGUAAAUGCCUACCACACUUUGCCGGGCACCGCUGUGAUACCUGCGUCUCCAGAGCGAACGUCUUCCCUCGCUGUCAAGUGACCGACUGCCUCUCCCCUGGGACAGCGGGGCUUGCUCACUCUGCUUCUUGCCCCUGCCUUGCGAACUCCAAUAGGCCUGGAUGUGAGAGGUGUAGACCCCUGUACUGGAGGCCGGCUGAAGGGGAACUCGAUGGGUGCAUUGAAUGCGGCUGUGUUGUGAGAGGUACGGUCAGUGGGAUCGGACUGUGCGACCAGACCCGGGGCAGGUGUUACUGCAAAGCCAACGUGUGUGGGCAGGACUGUGGGCGGUGCGUGGAAGGGCACUACAACCUCCGGGAGAACAACUACUUUGGUUGCCAAGGCUGCGGCUGCGACGUUGGAGGGUCUGCUAACCUAACAUGCAGCACGAUGUCUGGGGAAUGCCAGUGUCGGGAGAAUAUCGAGGGACGUAUCUGCAGCAAGCCGCGGAGCCAGCACUAUUUUCCAGACCUUCACCAUCUGAAGUAUGAGGUGGAAGAUGGCUCCACGCCCAACGGAAGACCCGUCCGCUUUGGCUUUGACCCGCAGGAGUUUGUUAACUUCAGCUGGCGAGGUUACGCCCAGUUAUCGACGGUGCAGCCAGAGGUGGUCAUGUCUAUCUCUGUGACCUCACCCAAUCUGUUCCACAUAGUCUUCCGUUACAAGCACCGCGCCCCAAAGCCUAUUAGAGGAAGGAUCUCAGUCACUGAGGAAGUAACUGUUGGGUCUUGCUGUAACUUGUCUCCACAGACAAAGGAGAUCACCUUCGCUCGCAGUAGGGAACCAUCCUUCGUUACUGUCUCAAGGAACAACUAUGGUGAUCCCUUUGUGCUCUCACCUGGAACCUGGACGGUCAGCAUUGAGGCGGAGGGUGUUCUCUUGGAUUACCUGGUGCUGCUGCCCAGUGAAUAUUACGAGGCUCCAAUCCUUCAGUUUCAAGUCACUGAGCCCUGCAUGUACUACGCUGACCCACAGCAACAGGGCCAAAACUGCUUGUUGUAUAAAUACCUGCCCCUGGGCAACUUCCCGAGUGCUGGAGCCAGCGAUGGUCACUACACUGUGGACGGCAAACUCCAGCCUGUCGACCAGCUGCUGACAUCUGCCCGGGCAAACAUGGCCGUCCUCACAGGCAGACAGGUUCAGGUGCGUUUUUCCAUCCGCCUCCCCCAGCUGGACCAGUAUGUUCCUGUCAUCGAGUACGCCAACCAGGGUGAGCAAGUGCACUCCCUCAAGAUGGCUUUGCAGAGUGCACAGGGAACAGUCGCUGGUGGGAAGUUUAAUCUGUACGGCUGCAAAUACAGUUUCCUGUGUCGGAGCGUGGCGAUUGAUCAGCACGGCCGCAUCGCAACCUUUGAUCUGUCCUCGAAUGUGGAACUACAUCUGCAGGGAACGUCAAUCAGCUUCUUACUGCACCGAGUUUACUUGAUACCUGCCAAUGAAUACUGCAAUGAGCACGUGGAACCGAAGGUGCAUUGUGUGGCUCUUCACGGUCCCAUCACCAACCGGAGCUCCUGUGUUGCAUCCAAGUAUGAAACGCCCAUCUCCGCAGUGAGGGUGGAGGAUGGAGUCCUUUCAACAGCCAGCGAAACCCUUCAACACAACCCUGAUACUGAUCUGCAGAUCUCCCAGCACCCUCUAACCAUGGUGGAGCCUGGAGACAUCAUUUUACUGAAAGCACCACAGAAUCGGGUCACCUUUAACACCAGUGUGCCAGAUACAGGCAGAUAUGUGGUGCUUGUGCAUUUUUACCAGCCUUUGACCCCCUCAUUCCCAGUGGAGGUGACGGUGGAUGGAGCAGGCUCCUACAAAGGAUCCUUCAACGCUGCCUUCUGCCCUCACGGGUUUGGAUGCCGCAGCCCGAUUACUUCAGGACAGAGAACAGAGUUGGACUUAAAGAGUCAGGAUGUGUCUCUGACCCUCACUGUUCCAAAAGACAAAGCACUUUGGGUGGAAUACAUCUUAAUUGUUCCUUCAGAGAGUUACAGUCCUGACUUACAACAUGAGAAGCCUCUGGAUAAGUCAUUUGACUUCAUUACUGCCUGUGGAGGGAAGAGCUUUCACAAUGAUCCUGCUACCUCGCCCAAGUUCUGCCUGGACUCUGCCAAGUCGCUGGUGGCCUUCUAUAACGAGGGCGCGCUGCCCUGCGGGUGCAACAGCGACGGUGCCACCAGCCCUGACUGCAGCCCGAUCGGAGGGCAGUGUCCCUGCCGGCCGAAUGUCAUCGGACGUCAGUGCGAUCGAUGUGCAACCGGACACUACCUGUUCCCCAGCUGCCGCCGUUGUAACUGCGGCCAGCGGCUGUGCGACGAGGGGACGGGCCGCUGCAUCUGCGCACCGCAGACGGUGAAACCCAAGUGCGAGGCUUGCGAGAAGCAGACCUUCAGAUAUCAUCCUCUGGUCGGCUGUGAGCAGUGCAACUGCACGCGAGAGGGCAUCAUCAAACCCACCAACCGUGACUGCCACCGGAAGACUGGGCAGUGCCGAUGCAAGCCAGAAGUCACCGGCCGGCAGUGCGAUAGAUGUUCGGUGGGAUUCUCCCGCUUCCCAGACUGCUUUCCAUGCGAUUGUAAACCCGAUGCGACGCAGCUCAGCGUGUGUGACCCCGUGACCGGGCGCUGUCUCUGCAAGGAGAACGUGGUGGGUGCCCGGUGUGAUAAAUGUCGACCCGGCUCAUUUCAUCUGGAGCCAGCCAACGCCAAGGGCUGCACCAGUUGUUUCUGCUUUGGAGUGACCAGUCAGUGUCGAAGCUCACAUAAAUCCAGGACCCAGCACAUGCAAAUGAGGAAGUGGAUUUUACGUACGGCGAAUAAACAAAAGAUUCCAGUUGUGUUUAACCGGCGGAGUGACACCGUGGUGGCUGAUGUCCAGGAACUGCCUGACAUUAUCCAUGACCUGCACUGGGCUGCUCCGGAAUCCUACCUGGGAGACAAGCUCUCAUCAUAUGGUGGCUUUCUCUCCUACCAAAUAAAAUCUUUUGGCUUGCCAAGUGAAGGGAUGACUUUGCUUGAAAAGAGAUCAGACGUUCAAUUGAGGGGAGAACAAAUGACCAUCGAGUACUUUGAUCCGAGGAGCCCGGCUCCGGAUCGAGUUUAUCAUGGAAAGGUUCAACUGUUGGAGGAUAACUUCAGGCAUGCGAUCAUCAAUACUCCGGUGUCCAGGGAGAAUUUCAUGCUGUUGUUGAGCAACGUGGAAGAUUUGCAGAUCAGAGCGUUGUACUUCUCCCAGACCCAGCGCCUGUCACUGGGCUCCGUUCAGCUGGACGAGGCCAAUGGUUCUGAAUCUGCAACCCCUGCCACCAACGUCGAAGUGUGCUCCUGUCCCACACACUACAUGGGAGACUCUUGCCAGAAAUGCAGCGAUGGAUAUUACAAAGAAAACUCGGGAUUUUACUUGGGGCGAUGUGUUCCUUGUCGCUGUCACGGUCAUUCAAACCUGUGUGAAGCACGAACCGGAAAAUGCAUCAACUGUCAACAUAACACAGAGGGGGAUCACUGUGAACGGUGUCAGCCCAGUUUCUUUGGCAGUGCCACCCGGAGUGUCUGCAGACCCUGUGCUUGUCCACACACAGGGCCCAGCAACAACUUUGCCACACGGUGUGAUGAGGUUAAUGGUGCCAUGAGGUGCUCAUGUAAACCAGGCUAUAACGGGACAAAAUGCGAGAGGUGUGCUGCAGGAUAUUUUGGGAACCCACUGGAGAUCGGGAAUCAAUGCCGGAGAUGUCAGUGCGGCAAUUCUGAGACGACCAGCUGUGAUCCCUUGACAGGACAAUGUAACAGCUGCCCAGACUGUAAUAAUGAGGAACACAAAGACACCAGCUCUGAUGGAAAGUGCGACAUCUGCGACAGCUGUGUAGAAACAUUGCUGCUUGACCUGAGCAAGAUGGAUUCGGACAUCCAGAAAAUCAAACUGCAACUUCAGAAUGCAAACAUCAGUGCUAGUGCACAACUCCAAAUGGACAACUUGGACAAGGCCAUCAAACGGACUGAGUCGGAUCUGGAUGCGUACCGAUCCAUCGUCAACACACAGGUGAAACAGACUGACAAUUUGGAAAAUGACAACCUGAAUCUCAUUCAAGAUAUCAACGCUCUCGAAGAAAAGGCGGAAAAGAAUUCGCGGAGCACGCAGCAGCUGCUGACGUCGGUGGAUGUGACCACGCAACGGGCACGUGACCUGCUGACAAACGUAGAAAAUGUGGCAAUGAACAUCUCAGAUCUCAUCAAGAAGCUGAAGGAUAUUGGGUCCGGAGGCACUGUGCAGAACAUGACCGAGGUAGAACGAAUGCUCAACGAGAUGAGGGGCCUCAACUUCGACGAGGAGAGGAAGGUGGCAGAUCGGGAAAAGACUGAAUCUGAGCUAUUGCUUGAUCAGAUUAAGAAUAUUCUAAAAAAUAUCAAUGAGAACAAGAUGCUUGCUACAGAUAUAAAGGAUGCUUUGAGCUCAUAUCUGGCCAAACUGAUGGAUCUUCAAGAAGCAAUGACUGAAGCAGCAAAAUUAACCAAGAAGGCUGAAGACAUCAACAAAAUUAACUCCAUCGCACUGCAAGCCAUUAAGGAAAAACACAAUGAAUUGGAAGAUAAAAAACUGGAAACCUCAAACUUGAUUGGGAUGGCGGAUGACACUCUCGGCAAGCUCAGAGACAUGCUCCAUAUGCUGGAUGACAGCCAGCAGGAUUACGAGAAGCAGGGUGCGGAGUUGGACGGAGCCUUGACUUUGCUCAACGAGAAGAUGAGGCGUCUCGCGGAGGCGGCCAGCAAGGAGCCUAUUGUAUCGCGUGCAGAGGAGCACGCCAACAAUCUGGAUCAGCUCUCCAAGCAGCUCCAGAGGGCCAUAGAAGAAGUGAACCAGGACUCCCUCCUACAGCGCGUUAUCAAUGCCUCCGAUGCCUAUGAGAACAUAAUCAACGCAGUCAAUGCAGCAGAAGCAGCAGCAAAGAGAGCAGAGGCAGCAGCAGAUGAUGCUUUGCAGACGGUGGUGAAGCAGGAUUUGCCCGGACAAGCAGCUGAUGUGAAUAGCAAAAGUGACAGAGUCCUUUCCUUGACAAGAGACGCUGAGAGGACAUUGAACACAGAAGUCAUCCCGACACUUGAAGAUGCGAAAAAACGACUCCUGGAUGGGACUGAGAAGAAAGAUCAAAUGUUGAAAAAUCUUACAAGUCUCAGGCAGAAGCUGAACCAAAUAACCAGAGAUGACGUGGGCCAGACUUUAGACCAAGCGAAAGCCACGGCCAGCGGAGCAAAUGACAUUGCCACUCGCGUGAUGGACAAAUUGCAGCCCAUAAUCAACGAUGUCGGAAACAUGAACAGAACCACGCAAAUUUUUUCAAACAUCUCUGAGUUUAACACCGUGCUAAACGAAGCGGAAGAGUCAGUGAAAAAUUUGACCGACAGUCUGCCGGGGUUGGUCCAGAAACUAAAGGAUUUGAGCCUUAUACAACCAGUCAACAAUAUCUCCAAAAAUAUCGACCGUAUCCGGGAACUUAUUGACCAGGCUAGAGAAGCUGCAAACAAGAUAAACGUGGCGAUGAAGUUUAAUGGUGACUCUGGGGUGGAGGUACGACUCCCCGAUAACCUGGACUCCCUGAAGGCUUACAAUUCCCUCCUCCUGUACCUGAAACGGCCAGAGGUUUCACGGGGUGACAACAGGAGACGUAAACGACAGCAAUCCAAAGACAUGUUCGUCUUGUACCUGGGGCACAGGGAUACCUCCAAGGAUUACCUGGGGAUGAUGCUGAUGGAUGAGAAGUUGGUGACUAUCUACAAACUGGGGGCUAAAGUUGAACGGAUCCCCUCAGACAGAGCGGUCAACACCAAAACCUUCGACCACAUCAAGUUCGAGAGGAUCAUGCAGUACGGUGCAUUGAACUACAGUCUGGUCAGCCUCGCCAGCGGCAAGCUCGAAGAUAGCCGUACCCACGUCAAUACAACCAGUGGAAACGAUCUGCUGCUCAAUCUAGACCCAAAAGAUGCCGUCUUCUACGUGGGAGGAUUCCCACAAACCUUUACGCCUCCUGCAGAAUUAGAUCAUCCCAAAUAUGAAGGUUGUAUUGAACUUGGCAUUUUGAAUGAGAAACUAAUCAGCCUGUACAACUUUGAGGAAACCUUCAACAUCAACACUGCAGAGGACAGACCCUGUGAAAGAUAUAAGCCAACCAAGGAACCAGGAAGUGACGCUUUCUAUUUUGAUGGCACUGGAUACGCAUUAAUAAACCUGACCAAUGUUGGGCAAAUAUUAUCAAUUGAACAAACCAUUCAAACCUCCACUAAAGAUGCCGUCCUGCUAUACUUCGAGAAAUUGGAUUCAAACUGUGCUCUGACCCUCGAGGGGGGGAGGUUGGUGUUCAGGUACGACCUCAAGUCAAAUGGAAGCCCGCCCAUCAUCUCAGACAAAGAACUGGACAUCACCAAAGAGAAUGUGAUCAAGCUGAAGAUGGUGACUUCGGGAACCCAAAAGAAGGUUGUUGUGAGAGUCCUGGGUGAACUGGUGAAUUCAAUCGACAGCAAAAUCAAUUUGAAAGAAAUCCGUUUCUCCAAUUAUUACCUGGGAGGAAUCCCAUUACACAUUAAAGAAAGCUUAAACAUGCCGGUCAAAUCAUCACUGCGCGCCUGUGUGAAGAACCCAAAGGCAGACAACAACAAGGAUCUAUCCAGGGAGUUCACAGUCGGCGUCAGUAAAGGGUGCUCACAGGAUCUCUUGUUGGUCCGAACUGCUCACUUCGCUGGCAAAGGAGUUCUGGGCCUGAAUGCCACCAACUUCUCAUUCCCAGAUAACUUCCACGUUGGCUUUGGUUUCUCCACCAGCCAGCUCGACGCCCUGCUCUUCUCCUACGAAAAGGGCAGCUUUGAAAUCUCUCUGAAAAAUGGCAAGGUGAAGGUCGACAUUCUGGGCAAGACCCUCACAUCCAGAAGCUCUUUCAAUGAUGGAUCUGGUCACUAUGUCUCUGUUCAGAGGACGAAUGACAGGGUCUAUUUGAACGUGGACGAUCUAGACCGGAGUGAAAUAUCGGUGGGAUUAUCUCAGCCUCCCAGGAAGGACACUGUGUACUUGGGUGGCGACACUAUCACCCAGAACUUUGAUGGCUGCAUCAACAAUGUGUUCCUGAAUAGGGAAAAUCAAGAUCCCAAAGUGGAAAAUUUUGUGUUUUCAACUGAGCUGUCAAACGUAAACCUGGACACCUGUCGCCAGCCGAGAGCUCCAGAAAUGCUCAUGUUGAAGGAAGUCAAGAAACCAAACAGCCAGGGGACUGUGAAGGCCAACAAGGAUGGAAAGAAUCAGAGAGUUCUUCCUGAUCAUUCAAUGAAAGAAAAUACAGGCCAGGAACUCAAUCGAUGUCAGAUGUCAUGGCAACUGAAGGCAGUCAGCGGGGCCUACCAAUUUGGAAACUCACCAGACAGUCGAUUGGAGUAUGAUAACCUUCCCAAAUCAUUUAAAGAAAGAUCAAAAUUUUCCAUCGAUGUGCGGACGAACUCAGCGGAAGGAAUCAUCUUCUAUGUGUCGGACAAGUCUCAGAGGUCCUACAUGACCCUCUAUAUUUCCAAGGGGCGUUUCUUCUUUGCUUUCGCUGUCAACGGGAAACGACUGAAGAUCAGGAGCAGAGCGAGACACAACGACGGCCAUUGGCACACGGUGGUGUUCAGCAGAGAGAGUAACAAAGGAAAGCUGGUUAUUGAUGGACUUCGGACACGGCAGGGCAGUGUGAGCAGCGGCCCUCUCUUGAAAGUGGAGUCACCAUUCUAUCUGGGUGGAUUACCAUCUGGUAAAGGACAGCGCAGUCACAAGCGUUUACCAAGGCUGAGCUUCCACGGGUGUGUAAGGAACUUCAAACUGGACGGUAAUCUGUUACCUUCUCCCUCGCGAACAUUUGGAGUCACACCGUGCUUCGUCGGCAACGCUGAACAAGGAGCAUACUUUGCAGCAGAGGGAGCUUAUCUCGUUUUAGAAGAUUCAUUCGUGGUGGGCAAAGACUUUGAGCUCCUGUUUGAGGUGCGGCCUCAAACCCACACUGGUGUCCUCUUCCAUGUAAACAGCCCUCAAGGAAACUACCUCAGUCUAUACAUGUACAAAGGAAAGAUUACAGUCCAUGUAAACAACGGGGCUGGAGAUUUCAACACAUCCGUCACACCUCCCUCAUUGUGCGAUGGACAAUGGCACAGAAUCGCAGUGAUCAAGAGAAACAACGUGGUGCAGCUGGACGUGGACGCUGAACGUGACCACGUUGUUGGUCCCUUGGCCUCAUUCUCCACCGACACGGCGGACCCUCUCUACGUCGGAGGCUUGCCAGGAGACGUGCAGGUAUCUCACUUCCCGACCCGCGCAUCUUUCGUCGGCUGCAUGGUGAACGUAAUGGUCAACGUAAAGCCAAUGCCCCUCAGGAAAGCCACGGAGGUCCAUGGUGCGGUCAGCGUGACCCAGUGCCCCGCCGUGUGAAGCACCACCACCCACGCAUCUCCAAAGAUAACUCUGCCUUCUUGCACUUGGUGCCCAAUAGAUGACUGACCUCUGCCGCCACGCAGAACUAUUAAUUUAUUGUAACUACAGGUUUGCAUUUUUUCCCUAGUUGUAGUCCAGUGAAUUUGAUGCAUUUAUGUUUGGCUUAAAGUAUCUGCAGUCCUUAACUAUUAAACGAGAAAUGACGUACUAACGUUGUGAAAGGCGAUUCACGUAUUUUACAUUCUAACUGGUGCUGUACUCUGGGGGCCAAAUAUAUUAUUAAAAUUUGCUGCUAAUUUUAUAUUUUUAUACUUGAAUGAUUAAUAUGCAAAAAGAUAUUUCUAAAAUAAACUUGAUUCAGUCAUUAA